CCAGGAGUUCUUAAAGCAAGGACAAAUUGUCAUGAACAAGGGAAUCAAACACUUGCAGUUCAGUGCGCACCAGAUCGAUACGUUUGAGUCUCGAGUUUGUGAGCUGAUUGAGGUGUACCAGCACCGUCUGACUUGGCUGGCAGAAGGCAGCAGGAAGAUGUUUGGGCUGGUGACAGGAAGCCGGGUCGGGGUGCUCGUUGAUGCCUCUGAUGCUAACUGUGGUGUAGGGCGACGGCAAGAUUUUCAGAAAGCUCUUCUGUGUUUACUGGAUGAACAGUUGUCCUACAGGAAACAGCUUUACCUGGUAUCCUUCGGUACUUCCGUCUCACCUCUCUGGGAGAAUGUUCGAGACGUUAACAUCCGCACCCUGGGUGAGGCGAGGCAGUGGGUACAGGAGCUGGAACCCAGUGGAGGCUGUAACCUGCUGAGAGCCAUGAAGCACCUUCUCCAAGUGAAGGAGCUGAACUCACUGCUGAUUGUACUGGGAAGCUGCCCCGACCAGACUUCUGAAAUUUGGGUUGACUAUUUUGAGCAGUGCGCCCUGGGGAAGCCGUUACCCCUCCACACCAUCGCCUACGACUGCAGUAGUUACCUGACCCAGGCUGCUCUGCAGAGACUGGCACAGGCUACAGGAGGAAGGUAUCACUGCUAUUCUUCGGACUGUGAGAAUGAAGUGGACCUCAGCAGUGAUCGUCACCUUCUGCUCAGGGAGAUCCAGCGUGCUGGUGAGAUCCUCAACAUGAUCACAAACCUGCGGCAAGGGAUAAUCGGAGAUACUCCGGUCAGCAUCUUGCCAGAGAUUUCUGCUGAAGUCGCCAUUCCCCCUUCCCAGCUCCUGACCUGGCCACUCAACCACAAUCUGCCACUACACCUCGAAGCCUCAAACUUCCUGCCUAAACCCUCAGCUGAGUGGCUGAGGCAAACUGGCUUAAAAGCCAAGAAGCUCAGCCUGUACCAGGUUCUGGCUCCCAACGCCUUCUCCCCCCAGGAAGCCUUCAUCCCAAUCCUCCGCAAGACCGUUUCCUCGACCCUCCACCAGAGGGCAAUGAUGCAGUUUGAAUGGCAUGAUGGGAGUGUGAAGAAUGUCCAUGUGGAUCCAGCACUGUUAUACAGAUACCAGAAGCAGUUGGGUCAAGCAGUGAGAACCUUUGAGCACAGAGUGGAUUGGCUUUCCACUGACAGUCGGAAGAUUUGGGGAACUCUGUGUGAAAAGAGAGUGGUUCUCUUGGUGGAUAUCUCUGUCUCCAAUUCCAUGCACAUCGCCCACAUACAACACGCUGUGCGGCUGAUACUGGAGCAGCAGAUGACCAACAAGCAUCGCUUCAAUCUCAUAGCCUUUGGUUCCGAUGUCGAACAGUACCAGCCCCAAUUAGUGUCUCCAACUCCAGAUCAUCUGCAGGAUGCCUGGAGGUGGGUGCUGGGUUUGCAGUACGGAGGCAGCAGAAACCUGAUGGCUGCAUUUAAGAGAGCGAUUGAGUGUGAGGUGCCUGAAGUGCAGGAGCCUUGCGGAGUUUACCUCUUCACUAGCGGGCUACCCGACCAGGAAAAGGAUGUGCUCGGAGCCUAUGUGGCCGAGGUGACUAGUGGACACGAUCUGCCACUUCACGUCUGCCUUUUCCAGAUCGGAGACUUUGGGCUGGACAGUCCGGUUCCCGUGCGGUACGCUUCCCCGAGCGAGACAGCAAGUGAGCUGCGGAGCCUGGCUCGCUGGGGCAGGGGCCGAUUUCACUGGUGCCAAGACACAGAGAUUGUAGAAAGCGAUGACAUUAAUGCUAUCUUGGCAGAAAUAGAAAAAGCUGCCAACUAUUCAUGCAAGUGCACAAUGCUGGUGGAAUCCUUAAAGGGACGUUCCAGGAGGCACGCUGACGGACUGCUCCAAUGGGGGGAUGAGGAAAAGACGUUGGUCAGGGAGAGGCAACGUCCCCUCAAACUGCCGGGACCCAAACCCACAGCACUAACGCUCGCCAGGAUGCAAGCCAGAGAUGAGAGCGGUGAGGACACCAAGCCGGCACUAAAAGCUCUCACCUGGCGACCAAACAGCAGCAAAGCAGUCAUUCCUGCAGCUCGUCCCCACAAGAACUGGCUUCACGUCUCCGAAGCAAAGCCCAAGAAAGUGCCAAAGGUUUCAAAGUCAGUGUUCUAUGCAGAUGUUGGGAAUAAAAUAGGUAUUGUGUUCCAAAACUACCCAAAGAUGAAGAGUGUGAGGAAGAAGAUUCCUUUUGUGUCUCUGCCCAAAGAAGAAGACGUUUGUUCAACCAAAGAGUGGUUACAGAAGUACGGUGUUCGGAAACUGAAGCUGGAUCUGCACAAGUUGCUUUCUGGCCCAGAUUGUGUGCACCAGAAGAAACGAGUGCCCAAUCUGCACAAACACGUGUCGGCCAAGUACUGCACAGUCUUCCCCAGCGUGGAAGUCAAUGGUUUGGUUCGGCAUCUCCAGCUGCAGCCACACGAGCUGGAGAUGUACAUCGAGCAAGUAGAGCGCGUGCUUCGCAGAUACGUGCAGCGCAUGCAGUGGCUACUGUCAGGAAGCAGGCGGUUCUUUGGAACAAUCCUGGAGAAGAAGAUUUGUCUCCUGCUGGACACCUCUGGCUCUAUGGAUCCUUUCCUGGAAGAGCUGAAGAAGGAGCUGACCUCAUUGAUCUGGGAGCAGCUCAGGAAAUACAGCGUAAGCUUUAACUUGCUGUGCUUCUCUGGGUCCGUGGAGGCUUGGCAGGAUGGCUUGGUGGAAGCUACAGACGAAACGUGCCAGGAUGCAGUCCAGUGGGUAGCAAAGGUCAUCGCCCAGGGCACCACCUGCACCCUCCAGGCUCUGAAGGAAAUGCAACAAAUGAAGAGGAAAGUAACCAGAAUUCACACCAUUUCUUUCAACUGUUUGGACAGUGCAGCAAAUGAUUUCCUGAAGAAGCUCGCGGCUCACAUGGGAGGUCGCUACCACCGUUGCCAUGGAGCAACGGAUGGUCACUUGGUCGCCCACAAAAUGCUGACCGAAGGUUUUUCAGAUGAAGAUAAUCUGAGUCUCCCUGUGUUUGAGGGUGAUGAUUUGAAGAUUCUCUCAGGAGAAAUAAACAAAGCCAGGCGGUUCCUGACACAAGCCCGAUCCUUCAGAGCUUUACUUUUGGAAAAGCAAAUGAAACCCCACCAAAUGGGAACUGGAGUUUGGGGUAAAGUGCAGGCUGAUACACCUGAUGUGCCAGUGGUGAAUCCUUGGCACCAUUCCCAAUGAGGACUUCCAUGAAGCUGGCUCAACUGCAUUGGAUUUAUGAACCUCCGGACCGAGGCUUUCCAUCUCCUGACUUUCCGACUCUAUCCAGCCAGAUGUUGGCCACACAGGGACCUCCAACAGGGUGACACAGACCAACGCUGCAAUCUUCUGGCUAUAACUCCGUAAUUCAGCAUUGCACCUGUAAUGAGUCCACAAUAAAAAUGCUUGCAUUUACUAUCGUAAUA